AUGGCGUUUCCUCCGCCUGCGCAUCCUGGACUUGCCGAGGAUCAGCUACUAGUGCUGCAGGGCGACCAUAGGUCAUCCUAUGUUUGGGAGGGACAGCUAGCGAUGCAGCCUCUCCGCCCCAGGAGGCCUGAUGAUUUGUGUGAGUUUAUUGCGGAGCAUCCUUUCCAUCCGCGCGUAGUAGAGAUGCUCCAGACUUCGGGAUUAUAUACCAUUUUUCAGCUUGGACGGAUGCAGCUUGAUUGGUCGCUCAUCACGUCCUUGGUAGAGCGGUGGCGACCGGAGACGCAUACAUUUCACUUGCCCACUGGAGAGGCUACUAUCACGCUGCAGGAUGUCCAGGUUUUAUAUGGACUGCGCGUAGAGGGGCGCGCCUUCGCACUGCCCCACCACUGGAGAGGGAUGACACGUGCACAGUUGGCGGACAUGAUGGGGCAGUUGACUGGUUCGAGACCGCAGGGUGACCGGGGUGGCAGUCGCGUGGCUUUAUCAUUCAUUAGAGAUCAGAUGGCGGUAUUGCACCCAGAUAUUACCCACGAGACAGAGCAUCUUUGGAUUCAGCGGUACACUCGGUUGGCGUUGCUCCUGCUUUUCGGGUGUGUCUUGUUUCCGGACACCUCGGGGAACAAAGUGAGUAUGCGCUUUCUUCAUUGUCUUGAGCAGCUGGAUGAGCUACCCCAGUACAGCUGGGGUGCUACUGUUCUGGCGUAUCUCUAUAGGAGCAUGUGCCGCGCGAGCGUAGGUCCAGCGGUUGAUAUAUGUGGUUUUCUGCCCCUCCUUCAGCCACCUCUACCAAUACUUCCACUCGGUCAGGAUUAUCCGUUUCUCCCUCUAGCUAUCAGGUGGAUUCUCCGGCGUGGGAACUACCGAGGGACGGAUGCUCACCAUAAUCUCCCCCUUCUUAGGGAUGUGUUAGAUAUGUUGGUGGAGGGACAGUUCAUCUGGACGCCAUACAGCAUCGAGUUGCUUGGUCACCUACACGCUUGUUGCUCAGUCGACCGGUUGAUUUGGAGCACCUCCGUCCCGUUGAUCUUCUGGGAUUUUGUUGAGUAUCAUGCCACGGAGCGUGUGCUUCGACAGUUUGGCCGUCCUCAGGCUAUACCGAGGGAUCCCCGAUGGGAGCCGACUCACUAUCAGCGGGACGACCGUUCGAACAUGGACCGACAGUAUGUUGGGUGGCUACAACAGCAGAUAGAUUAUUGGGAGGAUCGAGCUGAGCGCAUCCCGCUACCACCUUCAGUUUUCCAGGAGGCCUCUAUUCAGCUGUAUGAUGGGUGGUGCCGCCGCCAUACCCGAUUGAUGAUCGGGAACCCCGUGCAUGUACUUGGCGAGCGCUACAGACCGUACGCCGGGAGGCAUGAGGCACUGGCUAUUGGGCUUCAUCGCAUCUACCAGUCGGGACAGGACAUGCAGCAGCGUUCGAACAUCCCUGAAGUGGUUGAGUAUGCCCGGGAGAUGGCCCAGAUGGCUCGUCUGAGCGAGAGAUGCCGAGAGUUCAGAGCUCGGGGCUUUGGAGAUGACCAGCAGGGUUAUAUCCCUCAUGCAGAUGAGCCUUCCAGCAGCAUGCCUUCAUAUAGCCUUCAGCUAUCUUUGCCAGCAUCGCAGGUCACCCCGUCAGGAGCAUUGUCGAUCAUGGGUACNAGGAGUUCAGAGAGUUGA